UAGUUCACUCCCGCACGUCGUCGUCAACAAAUCGAACGGAGGAGAAAAAGUGUCUGUUUGCAUCAUCCGCUCGCCAGCGAGAGGGCUCUUCGCGUACAUCGCCUCCCAAAGCAAGGCAACACGACAGAAUCAACAAAACAAACCGGAAACACACAUCGCAGAACCCAGUGCCGCUGCAUCAGCUGUGGCAGCAUCCGCCAGCAAGCGUCUAACCUGUGUAGCGAAAGCCACAGUCAGCCAUCGGCCACAAGAUCACCAUCUACUAUUUUGCCGUGCACACUUGGGAGGGCUGCAACCACCGUGUUGUAAGCGCUCGGAAUCGAUUUGGAUGGAAGUAUGAACCAAGAGCCUUUCACAUACGCCUUAUCGCAGAUCAGUCACUUAGUGUCGAACGUGAACAAAAAGAACACCGCGGCCACAGUUCGUCAGUUAGCGCAGUUAGUGAAGGACUUCGGACUUGAGGCCGACCGUCACUUGCUGCGUUGUUUAUUCUCGUCGAUAGACUUUGGGGACGCCUCACAUUCCGCUUCCAGAGGUUAUUGCCAGGCUCGCUUACUGGCCACUGAACUUGCGAGCCUGACAAACAAACCGCAGCUGGUCGCCAACAUUUGCUUCGCCGUCGACAAUCCGUUCUCGCAGCAAAAGUCCCUAAAGCCGACGCAGAACCUGCUGCCACAGAUCACGAAAACACUCUCGUGUACACCGAUCCAGGAAACGGCGCUUUCGAUUGCUUUGUUGAACUCAGCAAACCCGGAAACAGUGCGAGGUGCGGAAGCGCAUCUGAAAAUCUGCCUUAGAGGACUCAUAGAAAGUUACGUCGAAUCUGAUCCUGGCAGCAACGUCGAGGGAAGUCUUAACGACGUUUCGCCAGAGUUCCUGCAGCAAAUACUGUCCCUAAUCGCGUACGGCAAGCACGUCACCUACGGUCUUUCCGAUCAAACGUACGAACGCUUCAGACAUCAGCUGUGUCGCGAUUUCCCGCGAGAUCGUGUACCGCUCAUCCUUGCGCCACUGCUGUACACGGAAAAUUCGGAAAUCUCCGCCGAGAUACUAAAGAUUAACACGCACAGCAUCCUACAAUCGUCGAUCAUGAAAACCUCCUGGUCGAAUCUAGUAGUGGAAGUUGGUUACUCCUUCACAGCUACCCUCGACGACUGCCGCAACCAUCUGCUGAAAGUCGGAGGACGAGAAAUUACGCCCCAGGAUGUGGCGAAGAUCGUGUCCUCCAUGUGCUUGACGCACGAAACCCUGUCGGAGAGUAGCAUCAAUCUGCAAACACCGAGCGCAUUUUGGCCGCAGGGCAGUGAUCCUUCCGGUCAAAAAAGCAAGGAUGGGAAUGGAGGAUCGUCUGCCUCGGAAAACACCACCUGGAAGCCGGAGGUGUUGGUACAGGCCCUGAAAGAAGUGGUACCAAACCUGAACUGGAAAGAGGUCUGUUUGGCAUUGGACCAUCCGGAGUUUAUGCUGAAAGAUCGGGCCGGAUUGGCAUUGCUGUUGACGAUCGUGAAGAUGGGCAUGCAAUCUAGCAACAUGGGCCAGAACUUCCCGGUCGAGUGUCUUUACCAGCGGUGGACGAACGUGGAAGGGCAGCUGUCGAUCAUUUCGCAGAUUUUGAAAUAUCCAGAUCUGUACUCGUUUGCUGAUCAUAUCUAUACGAGCGUUUCGCUAGAGCUGUUGAAAACGCCACCGGAAACUGACAGCAAAGAGGUGGCUUCCUGGAUGUCAUUGCACCUUGUCGACGUGCUGCUCUACAUCGCGGAUCACGCCAACCUGAGCGAAAAGGUAAUGAAAAUCUUCAAAGUGCCCGGAGCACUCUGUCCCGACAUACUGUUUCUGGCGCUGCUGCAAAUCAACCCACCGAUGACGACGGCCCGGCAGGAGCUCUUUACCAACUUGGUUCCAAUCUUCUUGGGCAAUCACCCGAACGCGGGUACCAUUCUUCACCACGCAUGGAACCACUCGACCUUCAACGUGACGCUGCGCCCAAUCAUUCUGCACGCCAUGUCCGACUGGUACAUGGUUGGAGAGGGCGACCAGUCACGACUUUCGCGCAUUCUGGACGUAGCGCAGGAUCUGAAAGCGUUGUCGAAUCUGCUAAACAUUCGCACCUACAUGUUCAUCAUCGAUCUUGCCUGUCUGGCGUCGAGGCGCGAAUAUCUGAAGCUGGAGAAGUGGCUGGCGGACAAAAUUCGCGACCAUGGCGAACCGUUUGUGAAGACGAUCCUGAAAUUCCUCCAGCGACGCUGUCCGCAAAUCAUGGGCGGGAAGUACAAUGAGGAACAGAUCCCGAAAUCGGCACAGCUGCCACCGGAAACGCUCAGCACAAUCCUCAACUGUUUGCAGGCGUGUAUCGGAAAUUGCACGCCAGAGGUGGCGGAAAUGAUACACAACAUGACGCAGUACGGAUUGCUACUCAAUUCGAAAACACGCGUCCAGCAACAGCAGCAGCAGCAGCAGCAGCAACAGCAGCAGCAACAACAACAAGCGCCCCAGCAGCAACCACCUCCGUCGGGUGUGUUGCGGUCGCAUCGUGGGCUGGAAGCUUUCGGUGCGAACGCCAUGGGCAGCCAACUGCUGCCGCCGAUGGUGGAUUCACUGAACAGUCUGACGGCGAACAUCGGCGGUCUUAGUAUCGGUGGUCCGGGUGGAGGCAAUAGUGCGUUUAGCUUCAAUAACAUCGUAGCUACGCCCGCCUCACCUUCACGAUUGCUUCCAUCGAGCAGCCCGUUCCCGAUGAUCCCGCUGCCGGGCGCGGUAGCUGCGGCUGCCGCCCAUGCCGGUACGCUGGGCCGUUUGCAGCAAACACCGAACGACAAGCUGGGUGGUGCAGGGGGAGGAGGCGCCGCUGGUAUACCGAACGCUGCCAUCACACAAUCACCGUUCCAGGCGGAUGCUGCACAGCCCGUCUCGAAGGAAGUGGAAGACGAAGCGAACAGCUACUUCCAGCGCAUCUACAACUUGCCACCCCAUCCGACGCUGUCGAUUGACGAGGUACUCGAUAUGCUGCAGCGCUACAAAGAUUCGCCGAAUCGGCACGAGAACGACGUUUUCCAGUGCAUGCUGCGAAAUUUGUUCGAGGAGUACAAGUUCUUCCCGCAGUACCCGGAUAAAGAGCUGCAGACAACGGCGCAACUGUUCGGCGGUAUGGUAGAACGGAAUCUCGUCACGACGUACGUUGCCCUCGGGUUGGCUCUGCGCUGCGUACUGGACGCGCUUAAGAAACCGGAAGGAACAAAGAUGUACUAUUUCGGCAUUACGGCCCUCGAUCGGUUCAAAAACAAGCUCCAUCUGUACCCGAAGUAUUGUGAGUACGUGCGUUCGAUUCCGCACUUCAGUGAGUUCCCGACGCAUCUCAUUGAUUACAUCGACUACGGAGUUCAGGGUCUAGAGCCACCGAACAAAACGCUUGGCCCGGGCCCAUUGCCGCCACCGAUCCUGCAGUUCAUCCCGAGCGGUGCGGCUGGCCGGGGACCAGCAGUUGGGAAUCCACUGUACCGGAGCAAUUCCGUCACGGGCACCAGCAAUCUUACGCUGGCCGGUGUUUCAACGUCAGCCUCUGCUGCGGCGGCUGCAACGGCCGCCGGUGGUGGGGCAGGUGGCGCUUCGGGAACACCCGGGAAAAUAAACCUUCCCGCACAGCUGGUGGCUCCGGGAGGCAGUGCUGGCAGUGUUGCCGGUAGUGGCGGUAGCGGAGCUGGCAGCGGUACCGGCGGACAACCGCCACGCGUCAAAUCGAUCGCAAAUGCAACGAACAUCGACACACUGCUGGUAGCGACACAGGACCGGGAGGAGAAGAUCAUUGCCCCGCCCGACGCGAUCCAGGAUAAGACGGCGUUCAUAUUCAACAAUCUGAGUCAGAUCAAUUUGCAGCAAAAGUGUGAGGAAAUUAAGGAAAUCCUUCAGAAAGAUUACUACACCUGGUUGGCGCAAUAUCUCGUGCUGAAGCGUGCCUCGAUCGAGGUGAACUUUCACGUGCUGUACUCCAACUUUUUGGAUGCGCUUAAAAUCAACGAAAUCAACAAACUCGUCACGAAGGAAACGUUCCGCAACAUUCGCGUGCUGCUGCGGUCGGACAAGGGUAUAGCGAACUUUUCCGACCGCUCGCUGCUGAAAAAUCUUGGCCACUGGCUGGGAAUGAUGACGCUCGGGCGCAACAAACCGAUCCUGCAUCUGGACAUUGACGUGAAGUCGCUGCUGGUGGAGGCGUACAACAAGGGCCAGCAGGAGCUGCUGUACGUCGUGCCGUUCGUGGCGAAGGUGCUGGAAUCGUGCGCCAAGAGCAAGGUUUUCAAACCUCCCAACCCGUGGACGAUGGCGAUCAUGAACAUUCUUGCCGAGCUGCACCAAGAACCGGACCUGAAGCUGAAUUUGAAGUUCGAGAUUGAGGUGCUGUGCAAGAAUCUCAACAUCGACGUGAGCGAUUUGAAGCCGGCCAUCUAUCUGAAGGAUCCGGAGCGUGCGCAAAACAUUGAGUAUCAACUGUCCCAACCGAAGCCACCGAAAGAGGCGCAACCGGUAAUGGCCGGAGCGGGAGUGUCUGGGAUCGGCGUACCGGGUAAUGCAGGAGGCGGUGGUGUGGUGGCCGUAGUGUCUCAGCUUCCCCCCGGUCCGGACGAGAUGGGCUCAAGUGGCCCAUCUAGCUCGCCCGCUAACGUAGCGAUGGAUCCGGCGCUGGCAGCCACGGGGCCGCCAGAACCUCGCUUCCACUACUCGGACAUUAACAUUGCCAAUCCGAGCUGUAUCGCUCAGCAUAUCAUCUACCACCCGACGUUAACCAUCCUGCACACGCAAGCCCACCUGAAGGUGAUCGUGAAGAACAGUCUCGAGCGCACGAUAACCGAAUGGAUCUCGCUAAUCGUGGACCGCAGUGUGAAGAUUGCGUCGAAAACGACCGAGCAGAUUAUCCGCAAAGACUUUGCGCUCGACUCGGACGAAACGCGUAUGCGCCGGGCAGCGCACAAUAUGGCACGCAGUCUGGUGGCCGGUAUGGCGAUGAUCACGUGCCGCGAUCAGAUGCUGCAAAGCAUCCAGAACAACAUCAAAACUGGCUUCCUGACUGCGCUGACGCACGCGCAGAAAGAAAUCGUAGAAGGGGCCGCCACCCAGCUGGCGGUGGAUAACAUCGAGCUGGUUUCGGCGUUCAUCCAAAAGACCGCCAUCGAGAAGGUGGCAAUCGAAAUGGACAAGAUACUGGCGGAAGACUUCCAGCUGCGCAAGAUUGCCCGCCAGGACGGUCGUCGGUACUGGGACGCGAACGUGCUGUCGUACCAGGCGGAACGCAUGCCAGAACGCAUUCGGCUGAAUGUGGGCGGGGUGUCGGCGAGCCAGCUGGCGGUGUACGAGGAGUUUUCACGCAACAUUCCCGGGUUCCUGCCGAUCACGGAGCGUGACGCUGCCCAGUUUGCACCAAAGAUGGCGGAGCUGAUGCCAUUCGUUGCAACGCCAGACGAAAUUGGGGCGAUGUUCGAUGAGCUGGCAAGCAAGAUGGAUGCAUUCAUCAAAACGGCACGCCUUAUUCCCAUACUGCAGCUUCACACAACCAACAUGGAACAUCUGCUGGAGUGUUUGAUUCAUGCGCACCGUUCGCUGGACAAUCUGACCGGGUGCACGCUGCUGAACAAAGCGGUGGAAGGAGUGCUCGAAGGUUUGGUCAACAUACCGGACCAGAUCGAGAAUAUUAAGCUGUACCGCGACAUUCAUCUGCGCGUGAUGCGGCUGAUGCAAGAUAAUCGCCUGUUUGGACCGCUGUGGACCAACAAAGCCAUCACCCGGUUCUUGCUGGAAUGCCGCGAUGACCUGCGCUACAAUGUGGAAGCGGUCGAUAUGCUGAUGUCGUCCAACUUUGUCAACAUGCAGCAGUUUGACAUGAUGCUGGUGCAGCUGAUGGAUAACGGCAACAACUAUGUGGCGGUCGUGUUUGCGAUGCAGCUGCUCCAGACGUUCUUCAUCGACGAGCGGCGCAAUUCCUUCAUCAUCGAGAACGAGCUGGCCGGCACGAUUGAAAUGCUGCACCGCCUGACCGCCCACCCGCGUGCACCGGAAGGGCUGACGCAUCUGAUCGAAAUGCUGCGCGCCAAUCACGAUCCGAAUGCGUUCCUGAUGGACCGUGCCGUCGCCGGGCCGACGUCCUACAUCCAUGCUGGCUUAGCACAGGCAAGGUCGGACAUCGAUGAUUCGCCUGGCUUUCUUGAGCGGGCAGAAUUUUUGCUCAAGGAUUGGGUUACGAUUGCGCUGUCGCCGAACACCUGCCGCGAUCCGCUGAAGGGUUUCAGUGUGUUUGUGGGCAAAAUGAAUGCGCACGGCAUUCUGAAGGGUGACGAGCCGUUGACGCGCUUCUUCCGCUUUGCCACACAGUACUGCAUCGAUCUGACGUAUCGCAACAUGAACGAACCGAAUGCGAAGGCGAAGAUUUUCCAGUUCAUCGACGCGUACGUGCGCCUGAUUGCGCUGCUGGUAAAGCACUCGGGUGAAAGUGGCAACACGAACACGAAACUGAAUCUGCUGAACAAGAUUCUUGGCAUCGUGGUCGGCAUUUUGAUGCAUGACCAGGAGGUACACGCGACGGCCUUCCAGCAGGUCGGCUAUCACCGUAUCUUUGCGAUGCUGUUUUUGGAACUGUCCACGCAAGAUCCAAUUUUGGAAAAUAUCAGCAUCAGCGUCAUUACCGCUUUCUGCCACACGUUCCACAUUUUGCGCCCGUCCGCUGCACCCGGCUUUUGCUACUCGUGGCUAGAGCUGAUCGCGCACCGUGUGUUCAUCGGGCGUGUGCUUGCGCUGAUCCCCCAGCAGAAGGGUUGGCAAAUGUACUCGCAGCUGCUGAUCGAUUUGUUCAAAUAUCUUGCCCCGUUCCUGCGCAAUGCCGAACUGGCAAAGCCGGUGCAGCAUCUGUACAAGGGAACGCUGCGCGUGCUGCUGGUGCUGCUGCAUGAUUUCCCCGAGUUUUUGUGCGAUUAUCAUUUCGCGUUCUGUGACGUCAUUCCCUCGAACUGCAUCCAGAUGCGCAAUCUGAUACUGUCCCCGUACCCGCGGAAUAUGCGCCUGCCCGAUCCAUUCACCCCGAAUCUGAAGGUUGAUAUGCUGAAUGAUAUUGGUGGAUCGCCGCGUAUUGCCAUCAACUAUGUGUCCUCCAUUCAGCCACCGAGCUUCAAAAAGGAUCUCGACUCGUAUCUGAAGGCCCGUGCGCCGGUAACUUUCCUGUCCGAGCUGCGUUCGAAUCUGCAAAUUUCGAACGAGGUCGGAUCGCGCUACAAUAUUCCGCUGAUGAAUGCGCUCGUCCUGUACGUUGGCACCCAAGCCAUUGCACACAUUCGAUCGAAAAACUUGGGACCGACAAUGUCCACGAUCAUCCACAGCGCCCAUAUGGACAUUUUCCAGAACUUGGCUGUGGAUCUCGACACGGAGGGCCGGUAUUUGUUCCUGAAUGCGAUUGCCAACCAGUUGCGCUACCCGAACAGUCACACGCAUUACUUUAGCUGCUGCAUUUUGUAUCUGUUUGCGGAGGCAAACUCGGAAGCCAUCCAGGAACAAAUCACGCGCGUUCUGCUCGAACGGCUGAUCGUUAAUCGUCCGCAUCCGUGGGGCUUGCUGAUCACCUUCAUUGAGCUGAUCAAAAAUCCGAUCUACAAAUUCUGGGACCACGAUUUCGUGCACUGUGCUCCGGAAAUCGAGCGACUGUUCGAAUCCGUGGCAAAGUCGUGCAUGGUCACCAGCAAAAGCCAGCAGCAAAUUCAAAACGUCGAACCCGACAUUACGGAAUGUAGCUAAGUGCGGCGGAAGAGAAUGCACCGCUUCGGCGACUACUGCUCCGUCAUCUGUCUCGAAAAGGACGAAAAAAAUGUAAUAACGAGCAUGGAAUGAACGAGUGGGUACAUAGUGAACUCAUUUUCCGUUCCCAUGUCCCCCAAAGCGAAGAUCAAAAUGGAAAAUGAAGACAUGUAUCAACAUGAAGGGUAGUGGUAGAGAAUAUGAACGUCAGCUUAAGUAGCAAUGAGUGUGGCAUGUAAAUCUUGGCCCAGCGGAAAGUAACUUGCUCAAUGGGGAACAAAAAUCACGAUAAGAUGAUAAUCGUAAAAAGGGUGUUGCAUUUUCCAUUGCCUUUUGGAGUGGCCGCUAAGGGUGAUGAAUCUGCUAGCCUCACUCCGAGCACGUCUUCUUCCGCAGAUUCUCUAGCUACGAACGCGAAUCGAUGUUUAAUGUGAAUGUAAUUACAUGUACAGCACUGUAAAGAGCAACGAGUGCAGUAACUGAUGUCCAACGAGUCCAUUUUACUGUACGCACCGGUAGGUUUAAAACAUUUUGUCUCAUCAAUUGUAAUAAAUAAGAGCUUUUGAGUUAGAAAUCUA